GUUGCUUUUCGUUCCCCUCUCUUUCUCUCUCUUCUUGUUCCUCCGUCUAGUUCAAAUUGAGUCUUCGCUGUCUCAAUGCGAAGACGCCAUCGGAAAUGACCCACGAAUUGUAGACAAAUCGAAACAAAGAUAAUAGGAGAGAGAGACGAGAGAGAGAGAGACAGGGAGAGACGAGAGGUCACGCAGCGAUGAUAACGCGUUCGAAUCUGGCGGAGCAGCUGAGAGAGUACCAGAUUCGAUCGAAACACGACUGGGCUUCUGUCUCUUUCUUCUCCUCUACCUCUAAUAUCGCCUAUUCAAGGGUGGAUGUUGUGGUAUUUGUAAUAUGGGAACUCCUUGUUUUGGCAUUCCUCGUUUUCUCAGCUGUUUCAUUAUAUUUCAGGCAUUUGAGACUUGCUUUCAUCCUUGUAUGCAUCACAUUGCUUCUGCUUUUAUGCAUGAAAAUCACAAAGCAAGUAAGGCUGGCCCGAAAAAAGAAACGCAGAAUGCUUCUUCCGUUAUCGAUGUAGAAUCACAUGGUACUGCAACUCAUUUUCAUAUGCUCCAACUUUGUUCUGUAAAUUAUGAGAAUUCUUGACCAUGGCUUUUGGUCCAUCCACUUUUUGUUUUAUUGGCGUCUGCAAUUGCACUUCUUUUUCUUUUCCCCUUGUUGGGGGUGGGGGGCUAAGGUUGCAUUGUAUUUUCAUGGAUGUGAAAAUGAGAAUUCUAGCAAAAUCCUGCACUGCUGUUUGGUAUGACAGCAUGUACAUUGUCUUAUAUUUUUUCAAAUUAGCUAACCAUUAGGAUCAGGUUCUUGAAGUGCUAUCGCCUAUCGUGAGUACAUUGAUUGACGGAUAGUUAUUGUAAUAAUAUUUACAGGAACACUGAAAUAUGAAAUAUGGUCCUUUACAAC